GAUAUUCACAGUAACAUGUAUAAUAAACUAAGCUGCAGCCUUUUCCACCCAGAUAUAUUGGAGUCAGUGUCAGUGUUUGGGAAAGAAGGAGGGGCUGGGUAUUGAAGAUCCACAAGUUAUGUUAUUUUCAUAUUUAAUAUAUUAUCAUAUAUGGACUAAUCAUUUUUACAGGCAAUGUCAACUUAAAAUGAAAAACCAAACAACAGUGUAUAUUUUGUUUCUCAAUGGACUGUCUGAUCUUCCAAGUCUUCAGCUUCCUCUGUUCCUGGUGUUUCUCCUGAUCUACCUUAUGACAUUAUCUGGGAAUCUUAUUAUCUUUUUCCUGAUUAUUAUUGAUUCCCAUCUCCACACCCCCAUGUACUUCUUCCUUGGAACCCUGGCAUAUCUGGAUAUGAGUAACUCCUCAGUCACUGUCCCAAGAAUGCUCUUUGAUUUACUCACACAUAAAAGGGUCAUUUCAGUGAGCGCUUGUAGAACUCAGAUCUACUUCUUCAUCUUUUUCAUUACAUCAGAAGUGUCUCUGCUGUCAGUGAUGUCCUGUGACAGAUACAUUGCCAUCUGCCGUCCUCUUCACUACAUGCAGAUAAUGAGCUGGAAAGUUUGUGUUUGGCUUCUAUCAUUAAUCAGUUUUUUUGUACAUAAUGCCUUGUUGCACACCGUUUUUUUAAGCAAAAUUACAUUUUGCAGAUCAAAUGCUUUGCAAAAUUUCUUUUGUGAUCUGCCCCAGUUUCUUCAGAUCUCCUGUAGUGACACAUUCAUCAACAUGUUGCUUAUAUUUCUCUCUGUGACUUUGUUUGGUGUAGGCCCUUUAGGAGUCACCUUUUACCCAUACUUCCCAAUUAUCUCCACUGUACUGAAAAUCCCAUCAAAUCAAGUGAGAUCCAAAACUUUCUCCACCUGCUCCUCUCAUCUAACUGUGGUCUUUAUAUUUUACAGUACUGCUUUUUUCAACUACUUUCGCUCAUAUGAAAAUGAUCAUUAUGCUGAGGACAAAGUGACUUCUGUAUUUUAUGCAGUAUUAACCCCUGUUUUAAAUCCUCUGAUCUACAGUUUAAGGAACCAGGAACUCAAAUCAUCCCUAAAAAGAGUUUUGCAAAGACUUUUAAAAAAAACUGAGCAAAAAAACUACAAUCGCUGA